CAUCUGAGUGAGUUAAAACUCCCCCUUGAUCUCCAUCGUAUACUAUAGACAUCAAAGGAUGUCGGGUCAGUGUAAGAAUCUCGUCCGUAUUUCAUUGAUCGCGAUGACCAUUGUAAAUUCUGUGACCGCCGAGUCAUGUCAACAGCUGAGUCCCUGUUCUUGUAAGAUGUCCGACGGUUUCGUGGUGGAUCUCUCUUCUAUAUCCAACACGGAUCAGACACCAUAUUUUCAGGAUGUGCUAAGACAAGGUUCCAAUAAUGAGCUGUAUUCCUUCAAUGCUUGUAGUGGAUUUACAGAGGGAACAGGGUCAUGUAGUAAUGUAGCGUUAUGUAUGGUAUCCAUCAGUGGGCCGAUAGAGCAAUAUAAAUCUCUGGGAUCUCAGACAUCAGCCUCGUUUUCGGUUAACGGUGACGUCAUUGACCUACAUUAUGAUGACGGUGACAGUGGGGCGAUCUCCGUGGUACACCUGUCCUGUGACGAGGGCACUCUAGGAACCAUGGACCCCAAAGGCAGUGCCGGGGGACCAUACGAGAUAAAUAUUUCAACCAAACUAGUUUGCAGAAACAACAGUUCCAAAAUAUCUGCAGGAUCAAUAAUUCUCAUUGGAUUUGCGUCCAUUGUGUUCUUCUACAUUGUGUUGGGUGUAGUUAUACAGAAAGUAGUACGGAAGCAGAGCGGUGUUCACUUGAUACCUAACUACGAACUCUGGAGCUCAGUACCGGGAAAUAUCAAGGUCGGCAUAAUGUACACAGUGAAAUGCGGAAAAACUGGACACCAUUUUGAUAAAAUAUGAACAAUGAACAAUGAAAGUAUGAUUCGAAAUAUUUAUCAUGCUUGUAUAUCAUUUCAAAUAUAUGUUAUAUAUAAGGAGAGAAAUGGCAAACAAAGCACAAUCUUAUUUUGAUUAGACUAUAGUAUAGUAUAGAGGAGCGGUUUAACAAGUCUAAUUUUAAUUAAUAACGUAGCAUAGUUACAGCCUUGAAAACCAUGAUACGUUAAAUUCAUAUAGGAGACAUUGACCCAUCAUCAAAAUAUAUGUAUUCGGAGACGGUGAUAUAUUAAAAUUCUAUUUCAAACAUCGUACGUAAAUAUGAUAGACAAAGUUAAACCUUUUGAAUGUACAUUACAUACCUGUCCGUAUUGUAUUACAUUGCUGCAUCAUGCUAUUUCAUACAUUAAGACAACAAAGUGAAAAUAAUUAAUGCUUUUCUCAUUUGAAGAUUUUGUUUAUGUGAUGUACAUGUAGAUUUGUAAAAACAUAAUACGUGUUUUAUGUCUAGUAAUGUUUUCCUUCUGGUUAGAGUGGUGAGAGAAAAAUUCAAUGAGAAAUAAAUACAUUGAAAGAUACAAA